AUGAAUCUUCUUAGAUGGCCCUGGUCUCGUAUGUCUGGUCUUCCAGAAUACCAGAUCAUGAACGAAAACGGUUCGGAUGCCGGGUCCGAGGAGCACCUCCUCGCCGAAAAGAGUUCUCUGCGUCCUCGGGAGGGACCUGGUGGACUGUCAGGUGAAUUGCGACGACCUUAUCUUUGGGUUCAUCUUAUGGUUUUCACUUUCUACUCUGCUCUCUUCCUCACCUUUGUACUCUCACUACAAGGCGAAGAAAAGAUAUGCGCCGACGAUCAGACCAUGGUGUGGUCGCCAGCUCGAAAAGCGCUCAAAGCGGAAAGGUCCUUGUGGAUGAACGAAGUCACGGAUGGCAAUGUCUACCGAGGCAAGCCAAGGCCAGAACUAGACGCCGCGUGGGACGAGCUCGUCUUGUACAGCAAUCUCCGACUCAAAGCCGAGGACCUGAAGAAAAUUAAUCGAACUUCUGUCCGUCUAUCAGACGAGUCUGGCCAGCUGACCGAUUAUUACUGGAGCGGGCUGAAUGUCCAUCAUCAGAUCCACUGCUUAAAGCUGGUUCGGCAAGCUCUCUUCCCCGACUACUACUUCAAGGGCAAUGUGAAGCUCAAGCGACAUCUGGAGGACCACAUUGAUCACUGCGUUGACAACAUCCGGAUGGCACUCAUGUGCAAGGCUGACAUUUCAAUCGGCUCCUACGACUGGGUUGACAAUAACCGAAGGCCUUUGACAAAUUUCCGCACCGAGCACAGCUGCUACAACUGGGAUCUGGUCAAUAACUGGGCCCGAGAUCGCCAUUUCGAUAUCUACGACAAUAUCACAAUCGUUCAUCCAUUCCUUGGCAAGUCGUAUCCUCUGGAUUCUGAUGGCAAGUAUGUCUUCACUGAGGAAAUCGAUCCAUUUUUGGGCAAUAAGAUCACGCCGCCGUUGAAAUGA